GAAGCAACGUUGCAAGCUCUGCGCUCUAGCAUCCUUCCCAUCACAUAUCAGAUCGGUCUGAAUAACAUGAGCAACCUGAAGAAGGUCCAAACCUCGCCAUGACCACCCCUACAGCGCCUUUCACGUUCGACGAGACGACCGUAACACUCGCCAACCCGGCUCAACGGAGACGCACCCGAGAACAUACCUUUGCCGAAUGGGGAGCUGGCAAGGGGUUUGACCUGGAUUCGUAUUGUCGGAGAGAUGAAGUCAUGGCGGAAGAGACGGGCGGGUACGAUACGUGGGUCCUCGUCCCCCGUAAAUCGCUGGAUACCGUAGACGAGAUCUUGGCUUCGUGCGAGACAUACCGCCGCCGAAGCAUCGUCCGCCAACUCCGGAGAAAGACAACUUCACACGAUCGGGAUUCCAACCAUCAGGAGGAUAUCGGACUUGAUAAGGAGGAGAUUGAGGUAACGAACAUUGCCAUCUCCUGCGUCUACGUCAACCCCCUCUUCUCUGGUUGCCACUACGCUCGACACCUCCUCCAGCUGAUGCAUUACAUCUUGGCGCCCAAGGAAGACUUGCCAGAGUUCCCUAAGGGGGUUUGGGGUGAGGUUCCCGAGGUUCCUAAGGGGUGGAAGGGGGAUGCGGGUUUCUCGGUCUUGUACAGCGGGAUAGGCGGUGAAUACUAUUCCAAAGCUCGGCAAGGCCACGGACCAGAUUCUCGGCCUGGUUGGGAGUUCGUCCCUUCUUCCCGUGGGAGGGUCUGGAAGAUCCCCGCCAACAACAACACCAUAGAGCUUGAUAAGCACAUCGGUAAUGCUCGAGAGGAUGUUUCUGAAGCAGAAGAUGAAGGCAGGUGGAUGACUGCGGACGAUGUUCGGGCGAUAGAACCCCUUGCCGACAAGGAAGUGAGGAGGCAGGUCGAUGAGGUGGAGGUAGGGGAAGAGGUUGUCAUGGCGGUGUUGCCUUCAGGAGACACGCUCUACCAGCAUUGUGUUCGCGAUCAACUCUCACCGACUGGGAUGACGCUCGGUCGACCACGUACGUACGGCUACAUCGAACCACGCUCGGUCGACUCUUCCUCCCCCGUUUGCGCCGAGAACAACGACUCGGACCUCCCAUUCUUCACCUACCGCUUCCGAACCGGUCUCCAAGACCCCCAACGACUCUGCAUAACCUUCGUCCGACACCCCGUCCCUUGGACUUCAGUCCUCCGUGCGGCGCUCAAAGAAGGCUGUGGAUCUGUAGAGAUCUGGGGCGAGGCCGGGGACGUCUGGGUGAAAGAAGGCGCAGGGGAGCCAGAGGUAGAGGAUCCGACGGUUUGUCUGGUCAAUUAUCGGUGGUCGGAUUUGGGGGUGCGGUGGGUCGUCAACGAGAGACGUCUAGCUUUUGACUUGCGCAAGGCUGUUGCUGAUCAAGAUGACGAGGCGACGUCCAACGAUGGGAUUGGGAUGACUGAUCUGAUUGAAACGGGAUCAGCUGAUGGUGUCGACGUCGACAUCGCGUACACAGCCAUUAGUCUCAUUACUACAACAAUGUCCCCUUCCAUUCUUGUCGUCGGUGCGACCGGGAACACCGGUGGCGGUGUCGUCGACACCGUCCUCGAGCUCGCGCCCAACACCCCGUUCGCAAACCACACCGUCAUCGCGCUCACUCGGAACGCUCAGGGAUCCUCGGCCAAGGCGUUGGCUUCCAAGUACGGUGGUCGUCUUGAGAUCAUCGAGAAGGACUGGACCAUGAUCGACGCCGCCUGGCUCAAGGAAAACGACGUCGAGCGUCUCUUCAUCGCUUCCCACAACGGCGUCAGCCAGUUCGUCGACGAAUCCUUGUUCUUGACCGCCGCCCUGGAAGCAAAGUGCGUCAAGUACGUCUGUCGUAUCUCGACCACGCACGCCAACGUCGGUCCGGACACUCCCGUUUGGUACGCCCGGACUCAUUGGGCGAUAGAAACCUUGCUCGAGACUCCUCAAUUCGGGUCGAUGCACUGGUCGUCCCUCCAGCCGAACGGGUUCAUCUCGCUCGUCGGCCAGGCGCUCGAAUCCUGGCUCAAGACCUACCGCGAGUCGGGAAAGAAGGAGACCCUCCGUCUGAUCAUCGAUGGGGACAACCCGGUCGCUCUCAUCGACCCUUACGAAGUCGGGGUGGUGGCAGGUCACCUGCUCGUCUCUCCCGACACGGCCAAGCACAACAAACAAAAGUACAUCCUCGUCGGUCCUACCAACGUCUCUGGCAAAGAAGCCGUCUCCUUGUUGGAGAAAUACGCCGGGACGAGUGUCGACGACGUCGUCUACCGAGACACCUCCUUUGUCGACUACCUCAUCUCGACCGGAAACUACCCCGAGAGCAUCGCCGCUUCUCUCCGGCUGGCUCCUCGAUCCGGUUACGACGGUGGGGAUUCCGUAGAGAGGUCGCCUACGAGUCCCGAAGUGCUCGAACUGUACAAGCUCAAGAAUGGAGCUUUGGAGACGUACGACAAGGGGCUGGCUGCUAUCGCCAAGUAAAAGCGUCCCCCCCUCUUCCUCUCCGAUCUUUCCUACUCGAUACGGUGUGACUACCAACAUUGGGAUAGGAAUCGAAAGAAGGGAUGAUAUCAAGCUAUCCAAAAGGGUACAGAUGUAAUAAUUAUACACGACGCGGAUUACAUGGUCUGACUUG